GACAGGGUGGAAGCAAAUGUUUGCCAUUUUGAUUAUGAUCCCAGGUUCCUAGUACUAUUACUCCAUUUGGUAUCGCCAUCAAAAGGUACAAUAAUCCCAUGUGCCCCUCUUAAUAUAAUACCCAAGUGGAUUAAUUUUGGGAACAAGGACUAGUAGACCUAAGCUCUGCUAUUUACAACUUGCAGAUCCAAAAACUAAAGCUCCCUAGCUUCCAUCUUUCUUGCUCCCUUCUAAAACCCUUCAUCUCAAUCUCUCUGAAACAUCCAUCAAAUUCCGAUGACGAUGGAGGAUGUCUGGAAAGAUAUAAGCCUAGCUUCUCUAUGUGACCGCAGCUCUCCGGCUGCUGCUGCUGCUGCCGGCAGCUCAUCCGCCAACCCUGCAGCUUUUCGUAGCUUCAUUUUUCAAGAUUUCAUGGCAGCUGGUUCUGCCAAAGUCGCACCUUCUCCUCUUGCUACUGAUCUAGUUCCACCACCACCGGCCACUCUCAGCUUGAGUUCUUCUGGCUCGGAUCAUUUUCAGCAGUACCAAGUUCAAAACUCUACUGCUACUACUAGUACGAACGCUACUCCACCAAAAUUACUAAUGAAGCCAAACCCGCAAAGUCUGCACAGUGCUACCACUAUGCCUUCAUCUUCUUUGAUCUCUUUCUCCAAUAAGUCCGCAUCGGAGGCUUUGGAUUCUUCCCCAUAUUGCAAGAAAAGGGUCGUGGAGAGAAAUGGAGAGAGUUCUAGGCAUGUCCGGCAUAAGCGGAUGAUCAAGAACAGAGAAUCAGCCUCUCGCUCCCGAGCUCGAAAGCAGGCUUAUACAAGUGAGCUGGAAGUUAAAAUAGAACAGCUGCGGGAGGAAAAUGCCAGACUUAAAAGGCAGCAAGAAAAGUUCUGCUCACCCACCCCAGAAGCACCGGCACCGGCACCGGCACCGGCAACUCUGAAAAGGGCACACUCUAUCUAGAAUAAGGCAAUAAUAUAUCUGCCAAUCAACUCUUUUUAUAUUUUGUUGCUAAUUUAGUUUAUCUUCGUCUUCGUUAUCCUUUGUACGAAUGCAAUAUUGCUGCCAGGCCGAAACUUAUUCCCCAGCAUAUUUGGAUAUGGAUGGGACCUGUUUGGCUAAUACUGUCAUCAAGUGUCAUAUUCAGUAUU